AUGGCGGGAGCUGAUAGGUCAAGUGUUGGUUCCGUCCCGAAAAAAAUACGAGAAACUUGUGCUCACUGUAAAAAAGAAGUUGUUUCUAAAGUCCAGUGUAAAAAGUGCGAUGCAUUUUUCCAUCCAGCAUGUUUGAGGCAGGCUGGAGCGCAGAGAAAUGCGAUUUGUGUCCACUCUGAGGAAAUUGUCCACCAGGUAACCUCAAAACCGGAAUCGCAAGAUAUUGCUCAUUUAGAAACGAUAAUAAAUAAAAUGCUACGGAGAAUCGAGCGUCUUGAAGAAAGCGAAGGCGAGCUGAAGAAGAAAAUCGAGUCCCUCGAAGAAAUAGUGGAAAAUUCUAAACCUGGAAAAAAAGGUAAACAAACAAAGACAGGGAAAACUAGCGUCAGUUCCAACUCGAAAAGUGGCAACACUGCAAGAGGCCAAGUGAACCCAGUGCUACCGAAUGAACUACCGAACAACUCUGCUGGUUCGAACAUUGAACUCGGUUCAAAUGACUCGCUCAAGGAUGAUGAGGUCUUUGAGGUUGAGGUUGAUGCUGUUGACAGUAUUGACGCUGUCUCGGAUGUCAACAACACAGGCAAGACGUUGUCGUUGACAUUACCAGAAAAUAAAAAUAAAAACACUGAAAACCAAGAAGUUCUCCCGGAAAAUUCUGUAAAUUUGCCCAGUGAACGAAUGGACAUUGCAAAAAAAAGCCCCCAUGAAGGUCAGAGCGAAUGGAAAACCGUUUUUCGCAAAAAAAAACUUAAAGCGGACCCGAAAAUCAGACCCAAUGCAAUAAAGGGCAAUAAAGAAAACUACACAGGGCUGAGAGUAGCAAAGAAAGCAAAUUUCAUUUGGCUGUUUGUAUCAGGAUUCGACACAGAAACCAACCCCGACGAAAUAAAAUCGUACCUAGAGGAAAAUGGCGUUUCAGCUAUGAUAUGUGAACAAUUAAAAACCAAGACUGAGCACAAAUACAGCUCUUUCAAAGUGCAAGGUAUUAGACUUCCUAAAUCAAGUUGGUUGAUAGCCUUUGUGGUAAGUCGAUUUUGUGGCUUGUUUAAAAAAAAAAUAACUUAUUUGGGUGAUUUUUUAAAAAAAAGAAAUAUGGAGGAGGAAGAUGACCUCGGAGGGGGGUCAUCAGAAAAACGUUUUAAACCAAAUAAAGACGAAAAUAAUGGAAUUUCUCCAUUGACCUUGAUUGAUUCUGGUAUUAAACGAAAUGAAAAAAUUCCAAAUUUAUAUAGUCCAACAGAUAAGGGACCCUUUGUUGUUUUUAUAGAGUCAACGGACAAGUCAGGGAACAAUAUAGGUAGAUUUAAUGACCUUAAAAUAGCAAAAGAUAUAUUUAAUUUAAAGUUAACUAAUAUUAAAAACAUCAACAAUAAAGGUUUAAAUAGAUUAUCUAUUGAAUUUGAUGAAUAUAAAGCAGCAAACGAAUUUAUUGAAAAUACAUUUUUAAAAGACAAGGGAUAUUCAAUUUUUGUGCCUUAUAAUUUUGUUACAUGUAAGGGCAUUGUCAGACAGGUCCACAAAGACAUUCCUUUGAAUGAAUUAACGGAUGCAAUUAGUUCUCCAUUCGAGGUUCUAGAUAUUGUCAGGCUUAAUCGAAAAAUUCUUUCCAAUGACAAUGAUAAUAAAACUCAGAAGGGUACAACCCUAAAUAUAGUCAGAUUGUUUCGACAACUCAAAAUAAGAAAAAAACACAAGGAGGAUACGACAGAGUUGCCCAUAGUGAAGCUCUUCUAUUCCCUAAUUCCCGCAUUCCCAAUGUACAAAGUAACCAAAAUAUAA